AUGAAAUCCAUUGUUAAACUUUGCAUCGAGAACGGAAAUCUAGAUUCAUUGGAUUAUCUUAUAGAAAAUGGCUGUGAAACAAACUUUUUAAUACGUUUAUCAGUUAAAUACCAGCAAAUGCAAAUAUUACAGUAUUUAAUUGGAAAGAAAUUCGAUAUUAACGAAUCAAAUGACCAAUUUUCUCCAGCGUUGUUCGUUGCUGUAAAUGCAAAUUUAAUUGAUUUUGUUACUGUACUUCUUGAGAAUGGUGCAGAUCCUUCCAUUCAUUACAGAGGGCAAACUAUUUUGUCCUAUGCAUCGAAAACGGAACAAUUACCGAUUUUUAAGUUACUUGUUAAAUACGGUGCUCCAAUGUCAUCAAGGCAGAUCACAACAUCACCACUGAUAUCAGCUUUGAAAGCGCAGAAUAUGGAAGCCGUUGCUAUUCUAUUAUUUAAUGGUGCAGAUCCAAACUGCACACAACAAGCAAAAAAUAAUCAAAAUAUCUAUCCACUCGAUAUCGCAUUACGCAAUAAAUCAUCUACAGCUACUGUUUUGCUAGUUUUAGCUGGUGCAGACGUAAAACAUAUUAGCAAUAUCCAAGAUUAUGAUAAUAACUUGAUAAAUCAGAUUAAUCAAUACAGUGAUAGCAAUAUUAUACAAGCAUCAUCAUCUCCAUUGCUUACAGAGCUUAAAAGCCUCAUUCAACAAUUUGAUUUGAUUCAAUCAUCGAAUCAAAACUUAAUUACAUAUCUUCAGGAGUCAGAAGAGAGCACAAAACAAGAAAUCACACCAUUGCUUAACCAAAUCAGAGAGCAAUUCCGUAAAUUUGCAGAUUACGUUCCUCUCCUCAUUAAUUUCGAAAACAGAUUAUCUGAAAUACGCAAACCAUUACUAAAACAGCAGAUGUCGAUGUUUGAGCAGCAAGAUCGUUUGAUUUUGGCCCCGCAAAUCUCAGAUGACAUGAGAAAGUGGCACGAGUUCUUCCCACAUACCAGUGAGCUCCUCAGAAAGAACAAAACCGACAGCGUUCAGCGAAAUCUCUUCAUCGACUACUGCAUUGACCAAAUUAACGAAUACACAGCAGGAUUAGCUGAUGACGAGAGCGAAAUGCUGGAUUUCGGCCAAGAAGAAAUAGUUCCAGAGGACAAAAAUGUCCAAAAAAUGGCAAAAAGAAACAGAUACAUUUUGGCAGAGUACGCAGACAUUUUUGCCCAACUUAAGAAGCACAUGGCUGAUGUAGAAGACACAAUUGACUCGUUGGAGGAUGAAUCAGUCUUCCUUCUCGAUAAUUCCAUCGCGAGAAUUUCGAGUGCUGAAGAGAUACUUUCAAAACUGUCGUCUUCGCAUGCUAAACUUGCCAGAACUGGUCUUUCUCCGCAAAUGAUUAAAGAUCUUCAGGAAUCUUUCGCUCCGAAGAAGUCAAUCAUUGAUGAGUCAUACAAGCAACUUGUAGACAACAAAAAGAGCAUUCUUGAGAUUUCGGAUCUUAUGAAAAGACUUUUGCGCAGACAUUACAAAUAA